AUGACUUUCCGCCUGACGACCUGGAAUGACAUCAUUGUGCUCCAGGAGCUUAAAAUUCAGAGAAAAGAUUUACGGGACGACAUGGUAUUAGUUCCUGGCUGGGAUUGCUUUUUCAGUCUGCCAAAGUACAAGAAAGGAUACUCCGGGGUGGCAAUAUACACCCGAAAUGCCACCUGUUCGCCUAUAUAUGCCGAAGAAGGUGUCACCGGUAUUCUUUGUCCGCCAAAUUCCACGUCCUCGUACCGGGAACUCCCAGAGUCCCAGCAAAUUGGCGGGUACCCGACAGAUGAGCAACUCUCAACCUCAGAGGUAAGUGCGGAAACUCUUGAUUCAGAGGGUCGCUGCGUGAUACUCGAGUUUCCUGCCUUCGUUCUACUCGGUGUCUAUUGUCCUGCAAACAGAGAUGAAACGCGAGAUGGCUUUCGACUAGGAUUUCUAAAUGCGCUCGAUCAUCGUAUCCGGAACCUGAUUUUCCUAGGGAAGAGGGUUGUCGUCGCAGGAGAUUUAAAUAUUUCAAGGGAUGCGAUUGAUUCUGCGCAUGCAUUAGAGCAAAUUCGGAAAAGCAGGCUGACAACCGAUGAAUUUCUCUCGUCGCCGGCUCGCAUUAUUUUCAACCGGUUAGUUGAAGGUGGGAGAGUUUCGCACAUCGAAGGUGUUGACAAAAAGGACGCGGUAUUAUGGGACAUGUGUAGAUCAUUCUUCCCUGCCAGAAGCGGCAUGUACACUUGCUGGGAGCAAAGAAUUAAUGCACGUCCUGGGAAUUUUGGUGCAAGAAUAGACUACAUCCUAUGUAGUUUAGAUAUGAAAGACUGGAUGUCUAUUGCAGAUAUUCAAGAAGGACUAAUGGUUGGUAAUAACUUUCAAUAUGCACUUUACCAGGCUGACAGUUCUCAGGGGUCUGACCAUUGUCCUGUCUACGCCAUAUUUAAAGAAAACGUUGAUCUGCAUGGGGAUCAAAUCGAUUUUGUUAAUCUCAUGAAUCCAUCGGUGGAUUUUGAAGCAGCUGAAAAUUCUUUAUCAAGAAGCCACCUUCCACUGUCUGGAAGGCUCAUUCCCGAAUUUAACCGUCGUCGCAAUAUUCGAGAUAUGUUCCUACGUCAGUCCUCAACUCAAAAUCUCUCCCCUGGUGAGAUCAAUCAAAAUGCGACGUCCAUGUCCAGCAUGACGAACAAAGGGAGGCCGAUAUCCUUGGACCUUGAAAGAUCUCAUGAAAUCGACGAACGAGAUCCAAAACGGCGGAAGAAAGAACCUAUUGCCGGCGUUCUCCCGACAACUAGUCAGAAAAGUAUUCGCGGAUUUUUUAAUCCAAGACAGCCCCGUCUGAAGCAGUCUAACCUUGCGAAGGAUUGCGAGGCCAUCAACGAUUCUGUUCCGAAUGAACGCAAAAAUGAUUCGGGUCCCGGACAUCGUACCUCGGGGAUUUCGCCUCCUGACGCGAAUCCUGAUUUUGAAGCCGAUCCUCAAACCUCACAAGAAUCUACAACUGUUUCCGCGGUUCCAAGCCGUAUCGUGGCUGACAUAAAUGUGAUGUCUUCAAUUCCAGAUCAAGAGUCAUGGAAUAAAAUAUUUAAAAAGAGGCCGCCUCCUAGAUGCGAAGGGCAUGAAGAACCAUGCGUCCGUCUCGUCACGAAGAAACCCGGAAUCAAUCGGGGCAGAUCGUUUUGGAUUUGUCCAAGACCACUCGGCCCCAGCGGCAAUAAAGAAACUGGAACUCAAUGGCGGUGUCCUACAUUUAUCUGGUGUAGUGAUUGGAACUCUAAGCAAUAA